AUCAAUGCCGUAUAUUGGCAUUUCCAUCCACUUUGUUCUUCAUGGGAGAACGUCUCAUUAACCACACCAUUACAAACAUCAGUGUGAUUGACAGGGAUACGUGUGAAUAUCGUUGCUACUUGGACCACAACUGCAUCAGUGUUAACUUUUAUUUUGGAGAAAACGGUGCAGAACCACACAACUGUGAACUGAAUAACUCAACGAGUAAAGAGUAUGAUAAAGAUCUGGUGAAAGCAGCGAGCUACGUGUACCACGGAACCAAGUGUAGCGAGUAUUCCAGUUUCACCAAUACCGAGGGAUCUUACAAGUGCUCUUACAAUCCUGAAUUCAGCGGGGAUGGCGUUAAGGAUAAUAACUUCGAUUUGAUUUCAGACAUUGACGAAUGUUCUAAAAACAGUCAUAACUGCAGCUACUCAACUGCCACUUGCACCAAUACCAAUGGAUCAUUCAAGUGCAUUUGUAAACCUGGAUUCAGUGGUGAUGGACACAACUGCACAGACAUCGAUGAAUGUGCCACCAAUACCCACAACUGCAGCAAGGACAAUGCCACUUGUACAAACACCGCUGGGUCGUUCAACUGUUCUUGUAAUCCUGGAUUUGUUGGAGAUGGACACAUCUGCCAGGACAUUGAUGAGUGUGCUCAGGAUACCCACAACUGCAGUAGGGACCAUGCCACUUGUACAAAUACAGAGGGAUUGUUCAACUGCUCUUGUGAUCCUGGAUUCAGCGGGGAUGGACACAACUGUGCAGACAUCGAUGAAUGCGCUACAAAUACCCACAACUGCAGCAGGGACAAUGCGACUUGUACAAAUACCAAGGGAUCGUUCAACUGCUCUUGUAGUCCUGGAUUCACCGGCGAUGGACACAACUGUAAAGACAUUGAUGAAUGUGCUGCAGAUACGCACAAUUACAUCGAUGAAUGCACUGUAGAUACCCACAACUGUAGCAGAAACAGUGCUACAUGCAUAAAUACCGAGGGAUCGUUCAACUGCUACUGUAAGCAGGGAUUCGCUAGAAAUGGACGCAAAUUCCAAGGAAGAAUUCUCGAAAUAUCGUCUUAUCUAACAACAUUCUAUGUGUGA